AUGCCUCUAGUUAGUUUUCAGCAGGAGCUAAAGGGUGGAUUAAAGUCCAGGGACCUGUGGUAUGAACCUCGAAAUAUUACAGUGAAAGAAGUCAGACACAACAGGCUACCUAUAUUGGGUGAUUCCAUUCAUACUAAAUAUCCAGAGUGUAAGGAUCAUAAAAAUAAACAAACACAAACUACCCUCAAAGGACUUAUAGCAAGUCAUGGCUACCUCCCGAGACUAGUACGAGUUUGCACCUGUGGUGGGAAGGGUCCGAAGCCCACACCCCGGAACCUAGCGAGUCACCAUUACUUUAAGUACUGCAAAAUCUCAGCAUUGGCUCUACUGAAAAUGGUGAUGCAUGCUAGAUCAGGAGGCAACUUGGAAGUGAUGGGCUUAAUGCUGGGAAAGGUGGAUGGUGAAACCAUGAUCAUUAUGGACAGUUUUGCUUUGCCUGUAGAGGGCACUGAAACCCGAGUAAAUGCUCAGGCUGCUGCAUAUGAGUACAUGGCUGCGUAUAUAGAAAAUGCCAAACAGGUUGGUGGCCUUGAAAAUGCAAUUGGCUGGUAUCACAGCCAUCCUGGCUAUGGCUGCUGGCUUUCUGGGGUUGAUGUUAGUGCUCAGAUGCUCAAGCAGCAGUUCCAGGCACCAUUCAUAGCCGUAGUAAUUGACCCAACAAGAACAAUAUCUGCAGGAAAAGUGAAUCUUGAAGCCUUUAGGACAUACCCAAAGGGCUACAAACUCCCUGAUAAAGAACCUUCUGAGUACCAGACUAUCCCACUUAAUAAAAUAGAAGACUUUGGUGUACACUGCAAACCAUAUUAUGCCUUAGAAGUCUCAUAUUUCAAAUCCUCAUUGGAUCGCAAAUUGCUUGAGCUUUUGUGGAAUAAAUACUGGGUGAACACGCUGAGUUCCUCUAGUUUGCUUACUAAUGCAGACUAUACCACUGGUCAGGUCUUUGAUUUGUCUGAAAAAUUAGAACAGUCAGAAGCCCAGCUGGGACGAGGGAGUUUCAUGUUGGGUUUAGAAACACAUGACAGAAAGUCAGAAGACAAACUUGCCAAAGCUACAAGAGACAGCUAUAAAACUACCAUAGAAGCUAUCCAUGGAUUGAUGUCUCAGGUUACUAAGGAACUGUUUAAUCAAAUUAACAUCUCUUAA